AUGCCAAUUUUAGUUAAAGAUUAUACAUGGAUUCAAAGUUCCACUAAUAUUCACGUAAGAGUCCCUAUUGAUCCAGUUUAUAGAGAAAAGGUGGAUUUAUUUACAAGCGAUUGUUAUAUAAAGGCGAACUUCAAGCCAUUUUUAUUUGAAAUAUUUUUAUUGCACGAUGUAGAUAUUAAUAAAAGUAAAUGCAUAAUAAAUAAUGAUAUGAUUCAACUAGACUUAGUCAAAAAAGAUGACUGUGAGUGGAGUGAAUUAGAGAAGCAAUUAUCUAAAGAAGAAAAGAAGAACAUAAGGGAAAGUGUCUUAAAAGAAUCUCAAAACAAAGCUACCAAAGAUGCUGAAGAAAAAGCGAUAAGAAUAAGCCAAUUAAAUAGAUUUACAGUUCAACAAGCAAUGGAUAUUGAUAGUAGACAACACGCCGUAAUGGAUUCUAGAAGAAAUGAGCAUUGUGAAAAAGCCAUGCAGAAUUUGGAAGAAUGGCGAAAAAAUAAAAAUGAAGAGGGCAAUCAAAAUUUAAGUGUAUCAUAUAAGUCUGGGGUUACAAUAACAGAAUUACCAUCUUCUGAUGAAGAAGUUCCUAAAUAUGCAAAACCAAGAAACCAAUCACAAAAUGUAAAGAAAAAAGUUGAGAAGAAGAAAAUUAAAUCUGAAUAUAUAGACAAAAAAAAGAAUGAGACUGCUAAAAGAGUUUUACCACAACUUAGGAAAAUGGCCCAAUUAGAGAUAACGCAUACGCCACGAUCUUUUCCCACCCCUACAAGAGAAUCUACUGCGGCAGAAGAGGAAGCAUGGAUCAAAAAUAUUACCUUGGCAAGACGGGCGAGCGGUUUUGUUUCAGAAGAUUUGCGUCCCGAAGAGCAAGACCCUCAAUGGUGUAAGGAGAAAGGAGACGAAUUCUUUCGAAAUGGCAACUUUUUGGGUGCCAUCAGCGCAUACACACAUGGAAUUUCUCUUUCGGACAAGCUGCCCAGUUUGUUCUCCAAUAGAGCUGCCGCGCAUUUCGCUUUGGGAAACUUUAAUAAAUGCGCCAACGAUUGUUCUACUGCUCUUGAUCUCAUGAAGCCAGCAUGUGAGGGAAACAGACAAAGCCGAGGAAAAUGCAUCGCCCGCAGAGCGGCUUCUCUCGCGCGCUUAGGAUACUUAAACAAAGCUAUAGACGAAAUGAAAGCAGCCUCGAAAUUGCUUCCAGAAGACGAUAAUAUUAAGCAAGACAUUUACGAUAUGGAGAGGGCCUGGGAGCAAAAUCCAGAUUCUGAU